GUAAAUGAGCUCGUCUAUGUUAUUAAAUACCACAAAGAUGGCGGACGUGGAAUUCGGAAUGUUGAUUUAAAUGUCUUUAUUACCUACAAAACUCAUCGCGUUUGUGCCGAGUACUGCAUGUUUGACUGGGACGUGAUGUGGGCUCCCCAGGUUCAGUUCCACCCACAGAAGCCGCUGGCUAUCCCAGUAGGUGCGGGGGUAGGAGGCUUACAGCUGCCUGGGACUAUGGAGGAUGUACUAGGAGAAAAGUGCAGCCACUGUGACGCACGCUUCCACAGUUCAGUGGCGCGGAUGACUCACGAGUUUGCCGAACACGCCAACGCGACCAGCGAGCGACAGAAAGCCGCGCAGGAGGGACAGACCAACGGCAAGAAACUGGCAGAAACGCUGUCCCCAGCACCCCCACCCCCGCCGACAGAACAGGGUCUGGUUCCCAGCUCCAUGGAGCAGCUGCCGGCACCCUCACACAAGGAGUACAAGUGUAAACUCUGUCCACAGGUUUUUAUUUCCAAGUCUGAUGCCCAGAGACACGCCAGACACUCGCACACGGAGGAGAAGCCCUACAAAUGCCCGUCGUGUGGGAAGUCAUUCGCCAACAGUUCUUACCUGGCACAACACUCCCGUAUCCACACAGGCAUCAAACCCUACCAGUGCACGUACUGCGAGAGAACCUUCAAACAACUGUCUCAUCUACAACAACAUGUCAGGCUCCACACAGGUGACCGCCCCUACAAGUGUACCCACCCUGGGUGUGGGAAGGCCUUUACCCAGCUGUCUAACCUCCAAUCCCACUCCAAGAGACACAACAGUGACAAACCGUACCAGUGUAACAAGUGCUUCCGGGCGUACGGAGACGCAGCUGGCCUGCAGAUCCACCUCUCUCAACACGCGCACAGGACACACCCCAAGUCUUUCAUUUGCAACAUCUGCCACAAGGCCUACACCUCUGUAAGUGCCUGGUCUAUGCUCUUCUGGGCCUGUCAAACAUGUGCAUGACUUAACCUUCCCCUCGCUGUGCCUUUUGUGGCACUGAAUUCUGCGGCACUGUUUCUACAGUCUGAGAUACAUUAGUAGGCAGCAGGUAGAAGGUUAAGAACCCACGCAUGGAAGGUUCAAGAUUUUUUGGAAAUUACCUAUACAAUGUGUCUUGUACAUUGUAUCUUUUCU